UGAGCUCCGCCUCCACCUGAGUAUACAAUUACAGAGUUUCCCACUCGCAUGCUCGUCGCCCCCUCACGCUUCCCGCUCCAGCGCUUCCCGCCUCGCCGCCUCCGCCUCGCUCCGGGCUCCCCGAUGGCCUCCACGCUCGCCAUCCUCAGGCCCUCCGCGCCGGCCCCGCUCGCGAGGCCCCGGGGCCGGGUUGCCGCGCCGGCUACCGCGAGGGUGGCGCUGUCGUCCAGAUCUAGGUACUCAUCGGCCAGGGUGUCGCUCGGGUCGGAGGUGGCGGUGGGCGACGCGCUCUUCGCCGACUACAAGCCCACCACCGCUUUCCUCUUCCCCGGCCAGGGUGCCCAAACUGUUGGAAUGGGUGCAGAAGCUCAGAGUGUUCCAGCAGCUGCCAAACUGUUUAACCAGGCAAAUGACAUACUCGGAUAUGACUUGUUGGAUCUUUGCACCAAUGGACCAAAAGAAAAGCUUGACUCAACGGUGAUCAGUCAGCCAGCUAUAUAUGUUACCAGCCUUGCAGCAGUAGAGGUACUACGUGCACGCGAUGGAGGCGAAGAUGUGAUCAACUCUGUUGAUGUUACAUGUGGUCUCAGCUUGGGAGAAUACACUGCACUUGCAUUUGCUGGUGCCUUUAGCUUUGAGGAUGGACUGAAGCUUGUCAAGCUAAGAGGAGAAGCUAUGCAGGAUGCUUCAGAUGCUGCCAAUAGUGCGAUGGUUAGUGUGAUUGGUCUAGAUUCAGAAAAGGUGCAAGAGCUAUGUGAUGCUGCUAAUGAGGAAGUAGAUGAAAAGGAAAGAGUUCAGAUAGCAAACUUUCUCUGUCCUGGGAAUUAUGCAGUUUCUGGUGGUGUAAAAGGUAUUGAAGUGGUUGAAGCCAAAGCAAAGUCUUUCAAGGCUAGAAUGACGGUUCGCCUUGCUGUUGCUGGUGCCUUCCAUACUAGCUUCAUGCAACCAGCUGUUUCGAGAUUGGAAUCUGCAUUGGCUGCCACUGAGAUUAGGACACCAAGAAUUCCAGUCAUCUCCAAUGUUGAUGCACAGCCCCACUCAGAUCCUGAUACAAUCAAGCAGAUUUUGGCGCGGCAGGUAACCUCUCCUGUACAAUGGGAGACCACUGUGAAGACUCUUAUGGGCAAGGGACUUGAGAAAAGUUAUGAACUCGGACCAGGAAAGGUUAUAGCAGGUAUUCUCAAAAGGAUCAACAAAGGUGCAAUCAUUGAGAACAUCGGUGCUUGAGAUGUUAGAAUUUCAAGAUUUCUGGUCCAGAUAAGAAGGGAUCUGAUGACAUCCUGAUGGUAUCAAGUUUCAUAGCAGAGGGGUGGUGACAUCAGGGGUGAGAGUGAACUACAGCGAUUAUUGUAGGGCUUCCACAUAGAGUUGGGGCAAUUAUCAGUUAUGUUGUUUACCGCGUGGUUGAAUUUUGAUCGUGAUACCCGUAAACUACGUGUAGUAUAUCAAUGACCAUCCGAACUAAAGUAGCUUCAUCACAGUAUUUAAAUGUUAAAGCGCAUGCCGUUUGGUGAAGUUUCGUA